GAAUUGGAAACAUUAACAGAAGAGCUUUUAUAUUCAAGGAAAGAAACUGCUCUUUUAGAAAGAAAAUCAGCUUCUUUGAUAAAGGCGUUGCAAGUUCUGAGUGAGAAAUUAGAUGAGGAAGAAAAUGCUAGGGCAAAGCUACAGGCAGAAAAUUUAAAAUUAAUUUCAAAUUUAAAAGAGUUUCGAGAGGAAAAUGCUGAACUGGAACACUUAUAUCAGAAGAUGACGAUUGAUAUUGAUGAGAAAAACCAUCAAAUCAUUGAUUUGCAACAACAGUUAGACAUGAAAGAGAAUGAAGUUCUACUGAAGUUGGAAGAAAAAGAAAGUUACAUUCAAAAAUUGCAGUCAGGAAAUGUUAAGUUACAUUUAGAAUUGAAAGAACUCAAAAGAGAUCUUGCUGUUCCUGAAAUAAAGCAUCAAGAAAUGACGAUUGAUAUUGUUGAGAAAAAGAAUCAAAUAAUUGAGUUGCAACAACAGUUAGUCAUGAAGGAGAAUAAGUUGAAUGAAGCUCUACUCAAGUUGGAAAAAGAAAAAUGUGAGAGAGAAAAGCUGCAAUUGGAAAAAUUUAGUUCAGAUGCGAGUUUAAAGAAACUUAAAAAAGAUAUUGUAAUCCUUGAAAAUAAAAACAAGAAGAUGACUGAAGUAAUUAAAAUCGAACAGAAUUUUGCAGAAAUUGCAAGGAAACAGAUGGAUAUAAAGAUCAAUCAAGUUCACUGUCAGCAGGAAGCUUAUAAAAGCAUACAGCGCCAAUUGCAUUCCAAAAUCCUGAACUUGAAACUUCAAAACCAGAACUAGCAGCAAUGCGGAAAGACUUGAAAACAAAUUUAAAUGACAUAGUUCAAAAUUUUGAACACUGAAUUGUAUAGAUGAAAGCUUAAUCAGUUAAAACUGAGAGAAAAUAAAGCAAUUAGUAAUUUUUUACUUUAAUA